CCCGCCGUGGCGGACCCCGAGGGCCCCUGAGGCCGCCGCCUGGAGCGCAUCACCGCUGGGCUCCGGCAGCUGCCCAAGGCACCCUCCCCAACCACCGCACCUCCCUGCAGCCUUUCCAGGCCAAGACCCAUGGAGCCGGCGGUACUGGCUCCGCACAACCUCCCUCACCACGAGCCAAUCAGCUUCGGCAUCGAUCAGAUCCUGGGCGGCCCAGAACCCCCCGGGGGCGGCCUAGGCUCGGGUCGUGUGAGCCAGAGCCAUGGGGAGAGCGCAGCGUUCCCGGCCGGAUUCCACGGAACCGCCGCGGGUUACGGUCCCACGGGUUCUUUGGCCUCGCUACCUAGCAGCUCCGGAGUGGGCCCGGGAGGCGUGAUACGUGUCCCGGCUCACCGCCCGCUGCCCGUGCCGCCGCCCGCGGGAGGCGCUCCUGCAGUGCCUGGGCCCUCCGGUUUGGGCGGCGCCGGAGGCUUAACGGGACUCACCUUCCCCUGGAUGGACAGCGGCCGCCGCUUUGCCAAGGACCGGCUCACGGCUGCGCUCUCGCCCUUCUCCGGGACGCGCCGCAUAGGCCACCCCUACCAGAACCGGACCCCGCCGAAGCGGAAGAAGCCGCGCACCUCCUUCUCCCGCUCGCAGGUGCUGGAGCUGGAGCGCCGCUUUCUGCGCCAGAAAUACCUGGCCUCGGCAGAGAGAGCCGCACUGGCCAAGGCCUUGCGCAUGACCGACGCACAGGUCAAGACAUGGUUCCAGAACCGACGCACCAAGUGGCGGCGCCAGACGGCAGAGGAGCGCGAGGCUGAGCGGCACCGUGCGGGCCGCCUGCUCCUGCACCUGCAACAGGACGCGCUCCCGCGGCCGCUGCGGCCACCGCUGCCCCCGGACCCGCUCUGCCUGCACAACUCGUCGCUCUUCGCACUGCAGAACCUGCAGCCUUGGGCCGAGGACAACAAGGUGGCUUCCGUGUCCGGGCUCGCCUCUGUCGUGUGAACUACACCUGACUGAUUGGCCGAGCG